AUGUGUGUGUGUGUGUGUGGUGUGUGUGUGUGUGCGUGUGUGUGUGUGUGUGUGCGUGUGUGUGUGUGCGUGUGUGUGUGUGUGUGUGUGUGUGUGUGUGUGUGUGUGUGUGUGUGUGUGUGUGUGUGUGUGUGUGUGUGUGUGUGUGGCCAAGACAACAAUAACAAUAACAACAACAACUACAACUACAACUACAACUACAACUACAACUACAACUACAACUACAACUACAACUACAACUACAACUACAUGUACAGCAACAACAACUACAACAACACCGGCGUUAUGGGCUGCAGUGGCGCAUCUCACCAUGGAUACCUUCUGCCGCCAUCGAUGCAUCAUAACUCAAGCAGCAAAUGCGAGUUGUUGUCGCAGCAGGUUGACAUCCAUCACGAAAUCGCGCGAUCAAAAGUCAAGCCCAUACCGCAGCCGUAUCGAGCCAAGACUUGCACAAGAACACGCUCCAAGUACACUCUAAUACGGAUGUCGAAAGACAAGCAGAGCUGGAAAGUGUUGGAGUAA